AUGGUCAACAUGGACAUCGACGCCACGCGCCGCAACAAGAAGCCGCGUCCUUUGAGCGACUCGGAGCGCGAGCGCCUGGAUGAGUUCAUCGAGAGCAUCCACUACUCGUCGAGAUACUCGGACGAUCACUUUGAGUACAGACACGUGCAACUGCCCAAGCAGAUGCUCAAGGCGAUACCGAAGGAGUACUUUGACGGUUCGCGAGGCACGCUUAAGCUGCUGUGGGAGGAUGAGUGGAGAGCUCUGGGAAUCACUCAGAGUCUGGGCUGGGAACACUACGAAGUUCACGAGCCUGAGCCGCACAUUCUGCUCUUCAAGUGA